UAGUUUGGUUGCACGCGCAUCAGGCCUGUGUCGGUGUGUGUCAGUGCCACCGGUGCAUCCGGAGCCCAGUGCGUCUCACAGGCGGUGCGCUGGAGAUAAAACUUCCCCAGCGAUGACCGACCGCAAACCUUUCGUGCAACUUUAACCCGAGAAGAUGUCAGAUGUCACCAAGACCGUCCAGAAGUGGCACGCGAGUUUUAAAAAGGGCACGGACUUUGAUUCGUGGGGGCAGUUGGUAGAAGCCAUCGAUGAAUAUCAAAUACUUGCGAGGCAACUUCAGAAAGAAGUGCAGUCAUCAAACUCGCAUGAUUUUACAGAGGAACAGAAGAAAAACAUUGGAAAAUUUGCAACAUGUCUUGAAAUGCGAAGUGCAGCUUUACAGUGCACACAAUCUCAAGAGGAGUUCAAGUUAGAAGACCUGAAAAAACUGGAACCCAUUAUUAAGAACAUUCUGACUUUCAACAAAGAUUUCCCUUUUGAUGUCCAGCCAGUGCCUUUGAGGAAAAUUCUUGCGCCAGGAGAGGAGGAAAACCUAGAGGUGGAGGAGGAGUUGGAUGCUGGUCCUGGUGCGGGUUCGACACCAUCGUUCCCCUCGAGAGUGCCAGGUACUUUGUUGGAACGCUUGCCCUCAGAGCCUGGAAUGACUCUCCUCACACUAACGAUAGAGAAGAUUGGGCUGAAAGAUGCAGGACAGUGUAUUGACCCUUACAUUACAGUCAGUGUUAAAGAUCUGAACGGUAUAGAUUUGAACCCAGUUCAAGACACCCCAGUGGCCACACAGAAAGAAGACACGUACAUUCAUUUCAGCGUGAAUGUAGAAAUCCAGAAACAUCUAGAAAAACUACCCAAAGGUGCAGCUAUUUUCUUUGAAUUCAAACACUACAAACCCAAGAAAGGAUUUACCAGCACAAAGUGUUUUGCUUUCAUGGAAAUGGAUGAAAUCAAACCAGGUCCCAUCGUUAUAGAACUGUACAAGAAACCAACUGACUUCAAGAGGAAAAACUCAACCUUCUGACAAAGAAACCACUCUUCCUGCACCUUAAUCAAAUUUUGCACAAAGACUAAACAAAAAAUCCCACAGCUGAGAAUGUGCCUGACAUAAGUGGACCAUAUUAAUUCUGUUUCUGGGCUAUGGUGCUGACCGGUUCCUUUUGGAGCAUCAUCUCUUACAUUCCCUGCAAUAUCAGACUCUUUAUCCCAGAUCUCCAGUCCAGGGGUCGGGACGCAGCGCCUUCAUAUCUAGAGAACUUAACAUGGAAACUUGGUGGAUUAAAUUCUGUACAUGCCAUGUUCCUGAUAGCACACUUACAUCACCCGACGUCUACUUGAUGGCUGUGUUUACAUCUGGAAGACGUAUUUUUUACAUUGUUUGCUCAUUUGCAAUACAUCUACAAGAUAUUAUCUCUCGGAUGUGAAUACGACAUUCAGCAGAUCUCUUUGAGACAAUUAUGAAUUAGAAUAUUUGUAAAUCUGAUCUUUUUAAGAUGUUUAGCAGAUGUUAAUUAGAUUGGGAUCCCUGAUAGCACAAAUACGUCUCUGAGAUGUUUGUUUUAGAUCUUCUGGAAAGCGUCGCAUUUUAAUAAACACCUCCUGAACAUCAGUUGUCAUCAGGAGUCAGUUGAGGUGGUUUGGGCAUCUGGUAAGGAUGCCCCCUGGGCGCCUCCCUAGGGAGGUGUUUCAGGCACGUCCAGCUGGGAGGAGGCCUCGGGGAAGACCCAGGAUUAGGUGGAGAGAUUACAUCUCCACACUGGCCUGGGAACGCCUCAGGGUCCCCCAGUCAGAGCUGGUUAAUGUGGCUCGGGAUAGGGAAGUUUGGGGCCCCCUGCUGGAGCAGCUGCCCCCACGACCCGACUUCGGAUAAGCGGUUGAAGAUGGAUGGAUGGAUGGAUGGAUGUUCUGAACAUCUUACAAAGAUCAGAUUUACAAACAUUCUAAAUGUUUGAUGUUAAACGCCUCAAAUACAUCUGCCGAAUGUCUGAUUGACAUCCGAGAAGAAACGUCUCAUAGAUGUAUUGCGGAUGAGCUAACAACCUAAAAAAUACGUCUGCCAGAUGUAAACGCACGCAUCAAAUAGAUGUAGAUGUACGUGUGCUAUCAGCGGUGCUUUCCAGAUGAAAAGAUCUAAAACAGACAUCUCAGAGAUGUACAUGUGCUAUCUGGGCUAUGAAGAUUUCUGAUGUAAAAAGAUGCAUCUUGAUGUUUUGUCAACAAAACUCCUCAUUGGUCUUUAUUGUAUUGAAACCAUUAUGUUACAGACGAGCAUACGCCACGUUUGGCAUCGGCCGAAGACAAGAAAUCCGUAUCUACAUUAGUGGAAAUCUAUAGAGAUAAUCGACUAUAACGCAUGGCUUAUUUUUUUUAUUUGAUUUUUUUUUAAUAAUUUUUCAUGUUUUAGGACUACAAACUGAACAUCAAUUGAGUAUCUGUUGACUGCACACUGCUAAUGUCACUUUUCAAAAGAUGAAGAACUUUUGUGUGUGUGUGUGUGUGUGUGUGUGCCUACAUAUACCCUAAAAGACAACACUAAAAGUCCCAAAUACAUGUUUUCAUCUUUGGACUGUCUGGUUUUUUUUUUUUUUUUUUGCUUUCAUAAACUGAAUUUUAAUAUUCAAACGAAUCAAUGUAAAUAAAUGGAGAAACAAGUAAAUCGAGACAAGCGCAGAUUUCAAAUAUUAUAUUAAUCUUCAUUUCAGUUUUGACAAAAUACCCAUAAAACCCCAAAGCUCCGACUU